GAUGGUAAAAAUUGGAUGCGUGACGAUGGUAGAUGGUGGUAUGACCAACAAAUUGCCAUUGGAGUGACAAACAACUCUUCAAAGAACGACGAUAUGAUUUCAACAGCCUUUUGGUCGGUCAGCGGCAGAGAAAUAAAGAUCACGCGCAGUGACGACCUCAGCCACAUCCCUCUGUUACAGACCACAGGUAACUGUUUGGGUGGACAAACAUUUCGAUCUAAAAUCACAAGUUAUGGCGACUUUAGAAAUGGCAAGGUCUGGGCCAGUGAUCAGUGUCUGGGAAGUUGUACGGUUCAAUAUGGCGGACAGUACAAGUCAACAGACGGGUUCCAACAGGCUGAGUGCGUUGGAAACAUCCAAAGCGCUAACAAGAUUGGCUUCUGGUGUGACUGGGGUGGGGAUGGAGCAGUGAUGAUGAUUGGUGGAGGAGGAAAUAGCUGUGCACGUGCUGAUCAUGGGAUUGGGAUCACAGAAAUUGGCGCUGCUUCUUUCGUUGAACGUGGUGGUAAUCAAACUGAGUACGACUUUGGUUAUAAUGCCUUCUCACACACCCCUCCAAACCAGUCCUACUCGUUGAACUUAUGGAUCCGUUGAAAAUUAUACGAUCUUUCUUUUUCAAACUAAGUUUAGAACUGAAGAACGUUGAAAAGGAUAAUGUUCAUUUCUUGUCACUUUAUUAUCCUAGUUUCAUUGUCAAACGUACAUGAAAACUUAAACCUCCACCGUUGUACAAGGGGGGGAAAGAGGGAUU